AUGCUCCACUCUGAUGCUUCACUUUAUGAUGAUCCACUCUAUGAUACUUCACUCUAUAAUGCUCCACCCUAUGAUGCUUCACUCUAUAAUGCUUCACUCUAUGAUGCUCCACUCUAUGAUACUUCACGUUAUGAUGCUCCACUCUAUGAUGCUUCACUCUAUGAUGCUCCACCCUAUGAUGCUUCACUCUAUAAUGCUUCACUCUAUGAUGCUCCACUCUAUGAUACUUCACUCUAUGAAGCUCCACUCUAUGAUGCUUCACUCUAUGAUACUUCACGUUAUGAUGCUCCACUCCAUGAUGCUCCACUAUAUAAUGCUCCACUCUAUGAUGCUCCACCCUAUACUGCUCCACUCCAUGAUGCUCCGCUCUAUGAUGCUCCACUCUAUGAUGCUCCACCCUAUACUGCUCCACUGUAUGAUGCUCCACUGUAUGAUGCUUCAUUCUAUACUGCUCCACUCCAUGAUGCUCCACUCUAUCCUGCUUCACUCUAUGCUCCGCUCUAUACUCCACUGUAUGCUCCACUCUAUGAGACCCUUCUCUAUACUGCUUCACUCUAUGAUGCUCCACUUUAUGAUGCUCCACUCUAUGAUAAUCCACUCUAUGAUGCUCCACUGUAUGAUGCUUCACUCUAUACUGCUUCACUCUAUGAUGCUUCACUCUAUGAUGCUUCACUUUAUGAUGCUCCACUCUAUGAUAAUCCACUCUGUGAUGCUCCACUGUAUGAUGCUUAA